AUGGGCCACUAUUUCUCCGGGGCCGCGCAUCAGCUUCAGCAGCAGCAGCAGCAAGAAGAGGCCCCGGGGGUUGAAGAGAGCAUCCCUAUAGACCCCCAAACCCUAGAUGAGCUGCUGUUCAAUUUGCACUACUUGCGGGCCUUUGGGGGCCCCCCGGGGGCCCCCCCCAAGGGCCCCCUGAAGGGCCCCAGGAGGGGUGGCCCCCCGAAGGGUACAGGCCUUCUGGGGAAGAAGUUUAGGGGCCUUUUCAUAGCUAAGGGGGGCCCCCGUCGCGUCGUUUUGAGUCCAGGGGACAGAUUUGCUAACUUGCCAGCAGAAGUGGACUUCCGAGUUCUGGAAACUUAUUCUCCGGGGGCUGAGUGGGAUGAUGAAGCUGAGGGCUACAUCCCGCAGCAGCGAGAGGUGAUUUGGAAGCUACAAAAGGCAAACAAAAAAGCAGAAGCAGCAGCAGCAGCAACAGAAAACAACCAGGAGGAGGAGUCGGACAGUGAUGGCCCUGCAGAUGAUCCUGAGGCCUCUUGGGAACGCCAGAGAGGAGCAGAUAUAGAAGAAGAAGCAAAGGCAAGCAGCAGCAACCGCAGCAGCUGCAGAAGCAGCAGCAGCAGCAGCAGCCAGCUGCUGCAGCAGCUGCAGUUGCAGCGGCAACAGCAGCAGCUGGUGGGAGUGCAGACAGUAUCUUUAAAGGGUUCGGGUGUAUGUACACUCUGGCGGGCUGCUGCUGCUGCUGCAGCUGCUGCUGCUGCUGCUGCUACCCACUGCGUCCCCAAAAGAAACACCCCUAUGACUGAAGAGCAAUACCACAUUUUGCUGCAGCACUUGAGGGGCCUCGCGGGCCACUCAGGGCCUGCGCUAUUUCAAAUAGAGCAGCAGCAGCAGCAGCAGCAGCAGCUGCAGCCGCAGCAACGGAAGCAGGUCGAAGCACUUUUGCAGGAGCAGCCAAUUAGCCUUCUCACCAAUGAGCAGCUAAAAGAAGCAGCACAGCUUUAUCUGCAGCAGCGAAUGGGGAUACAGCAGCAGCCUAUGCAGCAGCAGCAGCAGCAGCCUGUGUUCCAGCAGCAGCCUGCACAGCAGCAGCAGACUUCUUAUCUUCCGUCGGCAGCAGCAGGACAGCUGGCCAGCACGCUAGCGCAGACCCAGCAGCAGCAGCAGCAGCAACUGCAACAACAGCAGCUGCAGCAGCAGCAGCUGCAGCAACAAAGACUGCAGCAACAGCAGCUGCAGCAGCAUCAGCUGCAGCAGCAGCAGCUGCUGCAGCAACAACAAUUAAUUCAGCAGCAGCAGCUCCUGCAGCAGCAGCAGCAGCAGCAACUACAGCUUCAGCUGCAGCAGCAGCAGAAUUCUCUGUCAUGGCAACCGCAGCAGCAGCAGAAAAAGCUGGCCCUGCAGCAGCAGCAGCAGCAGCAGCAGCCGGAACUGCAGCAGCAGACUAGUUCUGCGUCUGUGGGAGAAGCCAAAAAGCAGUGGGCCCCGCGGCGCAGCGAGAGUUUGCUGCAGGCGCUGCAAGGAAGCCCUUCUGCUGCAGCAGCAGCAACAGCAGCAAAGUUUGACCCCAUAGCUGAGCAGCACGGGGAGCUGCUGCCGAGGAGAAGCAGCAGCACAAAAGAAGACAAGAGGAGACAAAAAGAAAGAGACACUUUUUCAAGAAGAGCUUCGCUGGCCAGAACCAACUCCAGCAGCGAAACUAGCGCCAGCAGCAGCAGCAGCAGCAGCGGCAGCAGCAGCAGCAGCAGCAGCACUUCACCGGCUCCUCCCCGCAAAUCGCGGAAGGAGGAAGCAGCAGAAGAAACUCUGAAGCAACAAAAGGCCCUUAUGAACAAGAAGCAUAAAAGACUUUACGAAAGAAUUGAGUUUGGGAGAAAGCGGAAAGAGCAGCAGGCGGAAACCCUCAGAGCCAAGAGAUUGGCACUGCAGCAGCAGCAGCAGCAAAAGAAGCAGCAGCAGUAA